AUGGUAAUAGAUGAUGAUGACACGGUAAAGUUUUUCAUGGAACUACAUAAGAAACAUUCUGAUGAAACAGUAUACCCUUUGCUGGUUAGCAUGGGGGGAUAUCUUAUACAGGAACCACACUGGAAUGGGGUAGCACAUGAUCUAGCCAUAUCAAUAAUAAACAAUGAAGAACAAAUAGUGGCUGCAGAUGAUAAUGAUGAUGAUCCAUUCUUGUAUGGGGAUCGGGAGAUUAAGAACAUAAAAACUGGGCAUGUCUUCCAAGACAAACAAAGUAUAAUAACAGCAAUGAGUUUGUGGUCCAUACGAUCAAAUUACCAACACAGAGUUAAAAGGGCAUCAAAUAGAGAUUAUGUGCUCGUGUGUUUGGAUGAAGAGUGCAAGUGGUAUUUUCGUUCAUCAAAAUUGCGCCAAAUAGGUUUGUACAAGGUUCGUAAAUUUGACCAACAACAUACAUGCUCAUUAAACAAGCUUGUUGCAGACCAUCCUCAAGCAAAAUGCAAGGUGGUGAGUGAGUGCAUAAAGCGGCGAUUGUUAGAUCCGAAAACAAAGUACAACCCACGCGAUAUAAUGAACACAAUGAUCGAUGAAUAUAGUGUAUCAAUAUCGUAUCAAAAAGCAUGGAGGGCCAGAGAGAAAGUAAGGGAGACCAUAUUAGGUUGCCCACAAAAUUCAUAUCGCUUCCUACCAGGAUUCCUUUUUAAUUUGAAAAAAAGUAACCCAGGUACAAAAACAGAUCUCGUGGUAGACGAGAACAAUAUAUUUAAAUAUUUAUUCUUUGCUAUUGGAGCAUCUAUAAAGGGAUGGGCACAUUGCACACCUAUAAUUGUGGUCGACGGAACAUUCUUGAAAGCUUCAUAUGGUGGGACGUUGUUGAUAGCAAGUGCUCAGAAUGCUAAUAGGAAGAUACAUCCUUUAGCGUUUGGAAUCGUAGACUCAGAAAAUGAUACAUCAUGGGAAUGGUUCAUGAAUAAAGUAAAAGAAGCUUAUGGUGAAAGAAAUGGGCAAUGCAUCAUAUCUGAUAGACACGAAAGCAUUAAAAAGGCCAUCGACAAUGUGUAUGAUGGUACAACGCAUGGAGUGUGCACUUACCACCUACUAAAAAACAUUAAAAAAAACUUCAAGAAAGGUGGGGAUGAUUUGAAAACAGCUUUCAAUGGUGCAUGCAGGGCUUACAACAAAAAUGAAUUUCAGAAAUACAUGCUUGAUCUUGAUGGAAUAGAUGAUCGUAUACGUAAUUAUUUAACAAAUGAAGUUGGUUUGGAGAAAUGCACAAGACUGUAUAGUAACAACAACAGAUACUCCACCAUGACAUCCAACAUUGAUGAAUCAAUUAAUUCGGCAAUAAAAGAGGUUAGAGAAUUACCGGUGACACCGUUGGUUGAAGCAUUGAGGAGUUUGGUACAAGAAUGGUAUCUAAAGAACAAGAACAUAGCAGCAUUUACUUUCACAAGAUUGCCUACUACACCAGACUUGAUGAUUCGAAAAAGGAGAGAUGAUUGUGCACAAUACAAGGUUGAAUCAUCGAAUCUAUUUGUGUUCACUGUUUAUGAUGAGGAAACACCCUACAUUGUAAACAUGGAGAAAAAAACAUGCACUUGCAAGAGAUUUGAGUAUGAUGAAAUGCCUUGUUCCCAUGCAAUGGGAGUCAUCAUAAAAAAAAAUCUAAAUUGUUAUGAUUAUGUCUCAUACUACUACACAAAUGAAGCAUACAUGGCAACUUAUGAAGACUCCGUAAUGCCAUUAGGAGAUCAACACUCAUGGGAAAUACCUGUGGAACUAAGACAACAUGAAGUUUUACCACCGUUGACUAAGCGUCCAGCAGGCAGGCCGAAACAAACUAGAUACAGAGCUUUCAAUGAGUAUAAAGUACAAAAUUUAUGUGGUCGUUGCGGCGGUAAGGGCCACAAUAGGAGGACAUGCAAAAAUGAACCUGUUAUAAAGACUAGCAAUAAGGGGAAUAAAGUUUGA